UGAGGCGUUAGUACAUUUUUGAGUCGCUCUUGCACUUUUGUUUACUUCCGCAUUUAAAUUAACUGUUGCGAAAAUGUCGAAAUCAGACCUGGACAAAAGCAUCGAGCUGAUUACGGAGACUGAGGAGCUGGCCGACAAGAUUCUGUCCAACAAGCAGGAGCUGCAGGCGAUGGACAAACGGCGCCAGGAUACGCGUCAGGCGAUGCGGCUGAUAAAUAAAUCGGAGGACAAGAAAUGUUGGAUCACCAUUGGGAGCAUGCUGGUCAAGGUGCAGCGGGAAAAGGCCUUGGAACUCCUCAAAAAAGAUCAAGAGCAAAUUGAGCAGCAAAUAAACCUUAUGUACUCGGAGCAAAAAGUUUUGGUCAACAAGCAUCGCGAUUUGGAGUUCAAAUCGCCCUACUCAGGCACUCAUUUAAAGGCACUGGACAAGAAGGAGUUUGAUGCUCUAAAAGCUAAUCUGCCAUUGCUCUGAAACCUGCUAUUUAAGUAAAUUUAUUUAAAAAAA